AUGCCUCGUAGUGUAGCAGCAUCGCCAGCCGAAGAAAGCUCGCGCAAGCCACAAGAUCUGCUUGUACAUAUAGUCGAACCCGCUCCUCCUACACGAGUAACAGCAGCAGCAGCAGCGACUUCUUCACUCCGACAGCGGUUCCUCGAUAGACUGGGAAGGAGGCACAAGAAAAAGAAGAAUAACCUGAAGAGUCUUUCAUCAGAGGACGUAUCGUCUACAUCGUCUACUACGUUCGGCAGGAGGGAAAGUCCCCAGAGUCGUCAGAUCGGGGAUACCGAUGUCGAUGGCGAUGAUGUACGGCUUGAAAGGUCGUUGAGUUAUGAGCAGUAUCUCAUUCACACGAGGCCUCGGGAUAUUUGGUUACCGCUCGAUCCAUCGGUUUCUCCUUCUGAUCCGGCGUUUAAGGCUGCUUGGAAGGAUGCUCGGUUAUAG